GUCCUCGAUUUUAUGCCCUUGUUUUUUUCCUAUAGCAGAGAAUGGUUGGGUAAUUUCCUGCAACUGCAACUGCAACAAUCUAUUGCUUCCUAAUAAGAAAGAAAGGCAACCUCUCUGCAACGGCUUUCUUGGCGAUCCUUCUCUCUUGCUUAGGACAAUCCUGAGGUGCAACGUCUUCUUAAUUUAUACUUCUUUCUUGAUCUGGAGCCUGAAGGUUAUCAAUAUGGCUGCUUCUUCCUCUGCUGCUGCCAUCCCCACUCAGGAAAAGUAUGAUGUGUUUCUUAGUUUCAGAGGUGAGGACACCCGCUAUACUUUUACCAGUCAUCUUUAUGCUGCUUUAUGCGCGAAGAAGAUCAAAACCUACAUAGACGACAUACUUGAGAGAGGAGAGGAAAUUGCACCUUCCCUUCUCGAAGCAAUUGAAAAAUCAAAGCUUUCGGUAAUCAUUUUCUCGAAAAACUAUGCUUCUUCCACUUGGUGCUUGGAUGAACUUGUGCAUAUAUUGCGAUGCAAGGAAAGAGGUGAGCACUUUGUUCUACCAAUUUUUUACUGCAUCGACCCAUCACAUGUACGAAAUCAACAGGGAAGUUAUGCUUAUGCAUUUACUCAACUUGAAACACGUUUCAAGGACAGCACGGAGGGAGUUAUGAAGGUGCGCAACUGGAGAGAUGCUUUGAAAAAUGCAGCCAAUAUGGCUGGGUUUGAUAAUUCAAACAAAACAGGGACAGAGGCCAAUUUCGUUGAGAAAGUUGUCGAAGAUAUUUUGACCAAAUUGAAUCGGAAAUCGUCACCUGAUUUAAAGGGACUAGUUGGAAUUAAAAGGAAAAUUGAGCAAAUAGAAAGGUUAUUAUGCAGUGAUUCGCCAAAUGUUUGCACCAUUGGUAUUUGGGGCAUGGGUGGUAUUGGCAAGACCACUCUUGCUGAUGUUGUGUAUCACCGACUUUCUUCUAAAUUUGAAGCUUCUUGCUUCCUUGCAAAUGUUAGGGAGGAGUCAGAAAAAAAUGGACUAAAGCACUUGCGAAAUGUCCUUCUUCGUGAGAUAUUAAAUGAAAAAGAUCUAACCAUCGGCACUCCAUCUAUAGGAUCAACUUAUGUUCGAGAAAGGCUCAGCAAUACAAAGGUCCUCAUUGUUCUAGAUGAUGUGAGUGCUUCAACCCAAUUAGAAUUUCUAGUUGGUGAUCAUUUUCAGUUUGGCUCUGGGAGUCGAAUAAUUAUAACGACAAGGGACAGGCGCCUACUUAAGAAAAAGGUUGAUGAUGAUAAGAUAUACAAGGUUGAGGGAUUAUCUUAUGAUGAAGCUCGUGAGCUAUUUCAUUUACAUGCUUUAAAAAAUAACUCGACUGAAAUAUGUUAUACAGAGUUGGUGAUAGAUUAUGCAGGAGGCAUGCCAUUAGCUCUUAAGAUUUUGGGUUCCUUAUUCCUUCACUGUGACAACAAUCAUGAAUGGGAAGAUGAAUUGAAUAACUUGAAAAAAUUUCCCAACCAAGAAAUUGAGAACAUGUUGAGACUAAGUUAUGAUGGAUUAGAAAAAAAUGCGAAGGAGAUAUUUCUUGAUAUAGCAUGUUUCUAUAAGGGGAUGAAAAUAGAUUUUGCAAAAGAAAUGUUACAUAUUCGUGGUUUAUUUGCGGGUGGAAUUAAGGUUCUUAUUGAGAAAUCUCUAGUAUCAAUAUCAAGAUGGAACUGCCUAGAGAUGCAUGAUUUGGUACAGGAAAUGGGCAGGAUAAUAGUUUACGAACAAUGUAUUGAAGAGCCUGGAAGACGCAGUAGAUUGUUCAUCGCUCAUGAUAUCUAUCGUAUAUUGAGAAAUAAUACAGGGACUGAAACGGUUCAAGCCAUAUUCUUUAACAGCUCUAAGAGUGGACAACUACGCUUGGAUCAUGCAGAUUUCAAAAAGAUGUAUAAUCUAAGAUUACUCAAUGUUGAUUCUAGCUUUGGAAAGUACUGCAAAUUAAAAGUUUCUCUUCCCAAUUCUCUUGGUUAUCUUUGCUGGGAGGAAUAUCCUUUGAAGUCUUUGCCAUCAAAAUUUUCUCCAGAAAAUCUUGUUGAGCUUCGAAUGUGUGGAAGCAAAGUUGAGCAACUUUGGAAUAAAGACCAGAAUCUUGAGAAUUUAAAAGUGAUGGAUCUUCGUUCCUCCACUCAUCUUAUUAAAGUCCCAGAUCUCUCUCAAAGUCGAAAAAUGGUGCAUAUAAAUCUUUUUGGUUGUACAAGUUUGGUUCAAAUCCCAUCCUAUUUUCAAUGUCUUGACAAGCUUACUCAUCUUGACCUGGGAGAUUGCUUGAAUCUCAAAUAUCUUCCGCAGAUGCCAGGCAACAUUGAAUUUUUAAAUUUGUCUAAAACUGCAAUAGAGGAAUUGCCUUCAUCAGUUUGGUCACACAAAAAAAUUUCAUACUUGGAUAUUCGAUUUUGUAAAGACCUUAGGAAUCUUCCAAGCAACAGUUGUAACCUGAAACUAACCUCUGGUUUUAGUCUAGAGGGCUGCGCAUCUAUUCGCAAUUUUUCGGAACUUCCAAGAGAUCUAAGAGUAUUAGUGAUGGUGGGGACAAAAAUAGAAGUAUUGCCCUCAUCAGAGUAUCUCUAUCAUCUCAAUACAAUUCGACUACUUGAUUGCAAAAGGCUUGUAAGUCUCCCGCCAAGCAUUUCAAAGUUGAAAUCUCUAUAUGAACUUGAUCUUACUGGUUGCUCUGAAUUUGAAGAUUUCCCGGAAAUCUGGGAGCCUGGGGGACAUCUAAAGAUUCUUUUGUUAAACGGAACAGCUGUUAAAGAACUACCCUCAUCAAUCGAAUGUCUUUUUGGUCUCACAAGAAUUGGACUUAAAAAUUGCAAAAGGCUUGUGAGUCUCCCGCCAAGCAUUUUAAAGUUGAAGUCUCUUUAUGAACUUGAUCUUACAGGUUGCUCUGAAUUUGAAGACUUCCCUGAAAUAUGGGAGCCUAUGGGACAUCUAAAGUUUCUUUUGUUAAACGGAACAGCUGUUAAAGAACUACCCUCAUCAAUCGAAUGUCUUUUUGGUCUCACAAGAAUUGGACUGAAAAAUUGCAAAAGGCUUGUGAGUCUCCCGCCAAGCAUUCUAAAGUUGAAGUGUCUUUAUGAACUUGAUCUUACAGGUUGCUCUAAAUUUGAAGAUUUCCCUGAAAUCUGGGAGCCUAUGGGACAUCUAAAGGUUCUUUUGUUAAAUGGAACAGCUGUUAAAGAACUACCCUCAUCAAUCGAAUGUCUUUUUGGUGUCACAAGAAUUGGACUGAAAAAUUGCAAAAGGCUUGUGAGUCUCCCGCCAAGCAUUUUAAAGUUGAAGUCUCUUUAUGAACUUGAUCUUACAGGUUGCUCUAGAAUUGAAGACUUCCCUGAAAUCUUGGAGCCUAUGGGACAUCUAAAGGUUCUUUUGUUAAACGGAACAGCUGUUAAAGAACUACCCACAUCAAUCGAAUGUCUUUUCGGUGUCACAAGAAUUGGACUGAAAAAUUGCAAAAGGCUUGUGAGUCUCCCGCCAAGCAUUUUAAAGUUGAAGUCUCUUUAUGAACUUGAUCUUACAGGUUGCUCUGAAAUUGAUGACUUCCCUGAAAUCUUGGAGCCUAUGGGACAUCUAAAGGUUCUUUUGUUAAAUGGAACAGCUGUUAAAGAAUUACCCACAUCAAUCGAAUGUCUUUUUGGUCUCACAAGUAUUAGACUGAAAAAUUGCACAAGGCUUGUGAGUCUCCCACCAGGCAUUUUAAAGUUGAAGUCUCUUUAUGAACUUGAUCUUACAGGUUGCUCUGAAUUUGAAGACUUCCCUGAAAUCCUGGAGCCUAUGGGACAUCUAAAGAUUCUUUUGUUAAACGGAACUGCUGUUAAAGAACUACCCUCAUCAAUCGAAUGUCUUUUUGGUCUCGCAUCAAUUGGAUUGGAAAAUUGCAGAAGACUUGUGAGUCUCCCGCCAAGCAUUUUAAAGUUGAAGUCACUUUAUGGACUUGAUCUUACAAGUUGCUCUGAAUUUGAAGACUUCCCUGAAAUAUGGGAGCCUAUGGGACAUCUAAAGUUUCUUUUGUUAAACGGAAUAGCUGUUAAAGAACUACCCACAUCAAUCGAAUGUCUUUUUGGUCUCACAAGAAUUGGACUGAAAAAUUGUAGAAGGCUUGUGAAUCUCCCGCCAAGCAUUUUAGAGUUGAAGUCACUUUAUGGACUUGAUCUUACAAGUUGCUCUGAAUUUGAAGACUUCCCUGAAAUCUGGGAGCCUAUGGGACAUCUAAAGUUUCUUUUGUUAAACGGAACAGAUGUUAAAAAACUACCCUCAUCAAUCGAAUGUCUUUUCGAUCUCACAAUAAUUGGAUUGAAAAAUUGCAAAAGGCUUGUGAGUCUCCCGCCAAGCAUUUUAAAGCUGAAGGCACUUUAUGGACUUGAUCUUACGGGUUGCUCUGAAUUUGAAGACUUCCCUGAAAUCUGGGAGCCUAUGGGACAUCUAAAGUUUCUUUUGUUAAACGGAACAGCUAUUAAAGAACUACCUUCAUCAAUCGAAUGUCUUUUUGGUCUCACAAGAAUUGGACUGAAAAAUUGCAAAAGGCUUGUGAGUCUCCCGCCAAGCAUUUUAAAGUUGAAGUCUCUUUAUGAACUUGAUCUUACUGGUUGCUCUGAAAUUGAAGACUUCCCUGAAAUCUUGGAGCCUAUGGGACAUCUAAAGGUUCUUUUGUGA